CCUUGAAUCGCAUUCAUCCUUGCUUUCAAAAAAGAUUUAAACCUAGUGUGAAAAAUGUGCCUCUGCAGCUACCAUAGAAUAAUCUAAUAGCAUUGCAUCCCAUCCCCUCCCCCAUCACCCUCCUGCAUUUAUUGACACAUAAUGAAUUUAGCAGAAGGCAGUCACAGCUGGUUUCACUAGCUCAUGCAUGGUAGGGAAAAAUUAUUUUACACUUGUUAUCCUCAGAAACAUUAUUGCAAUGUGCCUUUUGUAUCUCAGCAGUUGCAUGGAUGUUGAUUACAGUAGAGGGUUAGUAUCACAGUAUUGGGUGUUCUAAAAAAAAAAAAAAGCCUGGAGGUCUAAAGGAAUCAGCAUUUAUUUUUCUAUUGCCCACUAUUUCAUAAAACCAAAAAAAGGAUUCUAUUGAUGUCUGACAAUGACUGGGACAGGAAAAUGGACUAUUUGGUUAUUCUUCUGUUUUGAUCACCUGAGGGGAGUUUUUGCACAUUCAGGAAUAUCUGAACCGUCAUUUAUUGCAAAAAGUGAAGACAGAUUAUUCAAAUAUUUAUUCCAAGAUCAAGAUUACCAAAAAUGGGUUCGUCCAGUUGAAGAGUUGAAUGAUACAAUAACAGUGAAGUUUGGCCUUGCAAUAACACAGCUUGUGGACGUGGAUGAAAAAAAUCAGCUAAUGACUACUAAUGUCUGGUUAAAACAAGAAUGGGUUGAUGUCAAGUUAAGAUGGGCCCCCAAGGAAUUUGCUGGUAUAACUUCGAUCCGCGUCCCUUCAGAUUCUAUCUGGAUCCCCGACAUUGUUCUUUACGACAAUGCUGAUGGUCGUUUUGAAGGCUCUGUUACAAAAGCCGUAGUAAAAUAUGAUGGAACCAUUAGUUGGACCCCACCGGCAAAUUAUAAAAGUUCAUGCGUGAUCGAUGUUACCUUUUUCCCUUUUGACCUUCAAAACUGUUCCAUGAAGUUUGGUUCAUGGACCUAUGAUGGAUCUCAAGUUGAUAUUAACCUGGAAGACUUUCAUGUAGACAAGAGGGAUUUCUUUGAUAAUGGAGAAUGGGAAAUAGUAACUGCUACAGGAUUCAAAGGAAAUCGAACAGAUGGGUGCUGCUGGUAUCCAUAUAUCACUUAUUCGUUCAUCAUAAAACGGUUACCUCUUUUUUAUACACUUUUUCUAAUUAUACCUUGUAUAGGACUUUCAUUUCUUACAAUACUUGUAUUUUACCUCCCUUCAAAUGAAGGUGAAAAAAUUUCUCUUUGUACAUCUGUACUUGUAUCUUUAACAGUUUUUCUCCUUGUCAUUGAAGAAAUUAUACCGUCCUCAUCAAAAGUGAUUCCUCUUAUUGGAGAAUACCUGGUCUUCACAAUGAUAUUUGUGACAUUAUCAAUUGUGAUAACCGUUUUUGCCAUAAAUAUUCACAAUCGUUCUUCUUCAACUCACAAUGCCAUGGCACCUUGGGUGCGCAAGAUUUUCCUUCACAAACUUCCAAAAUUACUGUGUAUGAGAAGUCAUGUUGAUCGGUAUUUUACCAGAAAAGAAGAAACUGGAAUGACAAAUGGAUCGGAUUCUUCUAGGAAUACCUUAGAAGCUGCUUUGGAUUCUAUUCGGUACAUAACAAGGCAUGUCAUAAAGGAACAUGAAGUUCGUGAGGUUGUUGAAGAUUGGAAAUUUGUAGCUCAAGUGCUGGACAGGAUGUUUUUAUGGACGUUUCUUCUAGUUUCAAUAGUUGGAUCAAUUUUUCUUUUUAUUCCUGUCAUUCACAAGUGGGCAAAUAUCAUUGUGCCUAUACACAUUGGAAAUAUGUACGGAGACAGAACCACAUGAGCUGGUCUGUUAUAUAUUUAUUAUAAUAUUGAACAUACAUAUUUAAUGCAUUUUCAGAAAUAUUUGCUGCUCUAUGUAAUAUUUUA